CAGCGCUCACACAGGUCGACUUUAACCCACACACGGCGGUUAGACUGACAGUCCGCUCUGCACACGCAGCAGGUCAGAGGAAUGACGUAGAUCACCGCGAAGUCCAGCGCUUCAGUGUGUCCUGAGAGCAGCGCGCAGGCUACGAUGGCUGGAGCAGUGUCGCAGGCCAGCCGCGAGGCCGUCCUGGCCUGGUUCUCUGAGUUUCAGCGGAACAGUGUGGUGAAGAACGGUAUCGUUCCUGAGUGGUUCCACGGCAUCAUUUCCAGGAAGGAGGCAGAGGAAAUGCUGAUGAUCAAGCCACCGGGCUACUUCCUGAUCCGAGUGAGUGAGAGCAGAAUAGGAUACACCCUGUCUUACAAAGCUGAGGACCGCUGCAGACACUUCAUGAUCGACAUGCUGCCAGGUAACCAGUAUGUGAUUGUAGGUGAGAAGACACAACAUCGUUCUCUCCACGACUUGGUGGCGCUCCACCGAAGAGCCCCCAUUCUGCCCUACAGCGAGGUGCUCACUAUAGCCUGUGGCCAGGCCUCCAAGGACAACACAGACUAUGCUGAGCUGUUUUUUCCCAAAAGGAACAUCUGUCCCUCAGGGGCUGAUGUCCAGCCAAGCACGCCUCCACAGGCCGGCCCGAGGCCUCAGCCAAAUGUCCCCGAAGACCCAUGUCCUGCCCUGCCAGCAUGUCCCCCAUUUCCAAACCAGAGCUUGACCACUGCUCCAGGACAUGCUCCAAGGCUUUAUCCCUGCCUGGACGCUGAGCUUUCUGCUCUGAGCCUACAGAAAACGGCCUCUCCUCCUGUUCCAAAGCCCAGAACAAAGCUUCUGGACACACCACCACCACCACCACCACCGCAGACGCCCCCUAGAAGCAGCUCGCCGCACAGUCUGACCCAAAGCACAGCUGGAGCAGACAAAAAGAAAGGGUUACCAGCAGCGUACGUGGAAAGACCACUACCUUCACCACAGUCUGACGACAAAGACAACAACCAGAAGAGCCAAGCAGAGGCAAAGUCUGGACGUAUAAGCCUGGCGCAGUGUAAGAAGAUAUUCCAGAAGAAGAAGCACCACUCCGAAGAGCAUACGUACAUCGAAAUCCACCAAAAUGUAAUCGCAAAGGAGCCUGCAUCCACAGCACCCAACCACCAGGAGCUCGGUGGAGACAGCCAUGAACGAAAAGCUGAAAAUGAACCCUCUGUGGAGGCUGGGGCCAAUUCUGCAGAUUGGGCUUUACCAGUAGAAUACCUCAACCCACCUCCUUUUGCUCCAGGAUAUAACUGAAAUAUAUCUGCACUGAAUGUCAGUGAGAAACACAAUGAGGCUGUACUGGAUGGGACUGUCAGAUGGGACUGUCACACCUCUGAAAAAACUCUCAGCACAGCCAGAGGACAUAUGACUGAUACCAGUUGCUAUGCACAUUAUUUUAUUCUGUUUCUGUGUAUUCUGUGCUUAUACUCCAUUGUGAGAUAAUAACUGCACUGCACAACCUUUAUCCAUUCUGUCUAUUUAUGUUUAAUCUCAAUGCUGUCACUUCAUGGAGGAAAUUAUUUGUUGCACAGUAAUUGUGCCUAUGACAAGGGUUACAUUUAGCCCACAGCUGUGUAGAGCCACAUGCAGUACUGUGACCAAAAAUGUUUACCAUGUAUGGAAAAAAAUUUGAAUGUCAGAGGUCACUGUGAUAAUCUGUCUGGAAUGCAGUGAAACCUGACUGACAGGGACUUAACUGAUGACUGUUUGAUAAUUCACUGUGAUAAACUAUAGUAACCACAGACUUGCAUUUAUGUGCUGUAUGGCUUACAUGGUGGGUGAGAGGGAACCAAAUAAACAAGCAGGAUUCAUAUUUACAGGUUAUACAUACACCAUCCAGUGUAUUAGAUGCUUGUAUUUCCACUCACUUUCUGAGCUCCACCUACUUUGUAGGUCAAUUUUAUAGGUGUACAGUUAUAGACUGUGGCCUUCUGUUGCUACACAAAUCAUCCUCCCUCUACUUCAUUAAUCAGUGGUCAGUCUCUGACUAUAGGACCAGAUAUUAUUUGGUAGUGGACCAUUCUUGACCCAGCACCUUGCUGAAAAAACAGCUUGGCCUGAUCAACAGCAUAGGGUAUGUUUUCAUUUGAAUUUGAUAGUUUAGCUAGUUGACCAUCUUGAACCAAGCUGGUCGAUCAGCAUGACCAGUUUGACCAAGCUGGUUGACAGCAUGGUCAAGUUAGACAUGCUGGAUAACCAGCUUGGUCAAGCUGGUUAUUCUGGUUGACCAGUGAAACCAUCAAACUCAAAUGAAAACAUCCUAUGCUGGCCUGCCCAUGUAGCUAAGUUGAUCUACCAGCUUAACCAGCAAGGGGUAUGUUUUCAUCUACUCCAGCUGGAUGUCCAGCUUGUCAACCAAGUAGACCAGCUUAGACUGUCUGAAAGCAGCUACUAGCAAAAGCUGGACUCUCAGCAGGGCAGUGACAUUGUAGUGGUGUCGCCUGACACUGGUAUGGGUGUACUAGGCACAGCAGUGUUGCUGAAGUUCCUGGAUUUCUAAUAAAGUGACCAGUGAUUUAUA